GCAGAACGCUUGUCUCAAGUAACUCAUUGUUUACAUUAGUAAAUAAAUUAUCUACAUUUUUUACAGGCUAACAUUUGUUUGGAAGUUGUUAAACUAGAUCUAAACUAGAAAAUUACAUACUACAUACAGGAUUAGUUCUGCCAAAUCUACAUCAACCUAGUCACCAUGUCGUACAUGCUGCAGCAUCUACACAAUGGUUGGCAAGUUGAUCAAGCCAUACUUUCAGAGGAGGACAGGGUAGUAGUUAUUCGUUUUGGACAUGAUUGGGAUCCUACCUGUAUGGUAAUGGAUGAAACACUGUAUAAAUGUGCUGACAAAAUGAAGAAUUUUGCUGUUGUCUAUCUAGUGGAUAUUACUGAGGUACCAGAUUUCAACAAAAUGUACGAGUUAUAUGACCCAUGCACAGUUAUGUUUUUUUAUCGCAACAAACAUAUCAUGAUUGAUUUGGGUACUGGUAACAAUAACAAAAUUAACUGGAGUAUGGAGGAUGUACAAGAAUUUAUUGACAUUGUGGAAACUGUUUAUAGAGGUGCUCGUAAAGGCAGGGGUCUUGUUGUUUCUCCAAAGGAUUACUCCACUAAAUACAGAUAUUAAAAUAUUAAUCAGUGUUAAUGUUAUAUAAAUAAAAAUUAAUGUUUUACAAAGUU